GCCAUGCAAAAUAAUCAUUGAACUUAAAAUUUAAAAAAGACCUUAAAAAAGAACUAGCUUAGCAUGGUUUUUUAGAUAUUUGUAUUUUUGUAGUUUUUUUCUUUUUGUUGUUUUUUUUUUGUUCACCAAGAUAAUUGUAUGUACAAAACAAGGUUUUACAUCUAAGUUCUGCAUAUGCUAAAAAUGAUUAGCUUGUUGUAACAAGUGAGAUUCAUCACUUUCAUUAAUGCCUCCAUUAGAUUAGCUUCUGCUUGUGUCUCAGUAAAAUUCUGGCUCAUAUGACAACCUGAGGGCAUUCAGUUAUACAAUCGAAUAAUUAUAAUUAUAAUAUAUCUCUACAUAUACAGAUGGGUGACACAUCUGAAAAACUAGUGGCUCUGUUAUGCUGCAUGUUGCUGGCAUGAUUUGGGUCCACUUGUCAUCUUAGAGGAAAUCAUCACUGUGGAUCAAUACAAAUUUCUUCUGAUUGACCACCUGUAUCUUAUGAUGAAACAUUUCUAAUCCUGAGUUCCAGUAUGACAGUAUCCUCAUUUACAGUGAUAUCUUAGGUAGUAUGCUCAACAAUACUAGAGCUUUCCUUGGUCUUAACUCAUCUGUUGUUCUUGGGUAUUUCUGUCCCUACUGAGAGUAGAACUGGAUAGACAGGAUUGAUUUAUUUAUAGAUGGGUGUUCAUCCUUCCAGUAAAUUUCCAGAAAAUCUAUGACAAGCGCAUUGCUUGUGGAGGCCGAGCAUCUUUCUAACACACUUGACAUUGUUUUUUCUUUCUUUCAUUUGUAACUGUAGUACUUAUUUCUGUCUCCAUUGAGACUUGGACUGGAGAGACAGGACCUAUUUCCCCGUCAUGUGAAAAUUAUUGUGGUAAAAAUACUGAUUACAUGGAAGGGUUUUGGGAGAACUGUCACUGUAUUCCCAAAACCAGUCUUACCAUGUACUUUGAUAACAACAGGCAUAGCUGAGCACGGCAUGUGCAUGUUGUCACUGGGUUAUAAAGGCUUUUGUCCAACUCCUAUGCUUGCAGUAGCAAUUGGGUCAUUCAUUAGCAUUUUCUAUCACUAGUAGUGUAAUGGAUGUGAACUGUACAGAAUGGACCUUUUUCACAGUUCUGUGAUAACAUGGAUACAUGAGUAAUAGUGUUUUAAAACCUUUGGUGAGAGAGUGAACAGUGACUGUGUCCAUUUUAGUGUCCCUAAGUGGACAAAUAAUUCAAGCAAACAUCAUUUAAGCAAAGCGAGAAUGAAAUGGCUUUGUGCUGUUUGCCAGGACGAGGAUGAGCAGCAUGAAUGUCUGCGGCCAGCAUUGCAAAGAAUCUAUUCGAACUACUCAAAGACCACUGGCCGUAAACAGCUAAAACAUGGGGCUGUACUCUCUCUAUAUAAAUGGAUAGAUCAGACAUCUGUUGAACAUCCAGCAUAAUGUUUUCUUGACAAGCCGGCAUUGUGUGUGAAACCUGCUCCUGCUGCAGACCACAACUGUGCAACUGUUUCAUCUCCAGAUGAGUGAAUUAACUAUGCCCUGUACAUGUCCUUAUUGUUGCCAAUGCUAGCUAGCUAGCUAGCUUAGACCCCUUUAGUGACAUUUUUUUGCAAAAAAAAAAAAGCGCCUAGCGACUUUUUGGACAAACCUUAACGACUUUCUGUCUUAUGUCACCAGUACUGUCCUGCAAGCAGGAGGUCCUACUCUCCUGCUGCACUCAUACUUCUCUCUGCAUCUGCUUUGUUCAUUGAGUGCCUGAGAGCCGGAGAUUUAACAAUGUCACAUAGCAAAAUCAUUCUUAUGCAAAUGUUUUUAGAACGUAAGACAAAUGGAAUGCAAAAUGUUUUACAUGUAAAAUAGUACAUGUUAUUACAGCCUAGUUCUCUUGUUCAAAGUAGUUAUAGUGUUCAGAAACAUUUUAUAUCACCCAUGUUCCAUACCUGUCUGUUAUAUAGUUUUAUAAAAGUAUUUUUCAAAAAUCAUAAAAGUUAUGAAAAGUAAUUAAAAAAGUAAAAAACCACAAAAGCAAAGAAAAAAUCUUUGAAAAAUCUUUUUAUCUAUCUAUAAAAAAACAGAUUAUAGAUUAGGCAUAUAUGGGCUGCCACAUGAUAGGGAAGGCUUGGGGGGGCUUUAGUUGCAAAAGGUUGAGAACCUCUGCAGUAGACCAAUCACAACAGCCUGGGACAUCUUACCAAUCAGAGCAGACUGAAAGGAGGAGUUGAACGAGUCGUUUCUGACACUGGUGAAAAAAGGUGAUGCUGCAAUGUAAAUUAUGAGAAAAUUAAAAUGUGUUUUGACCUUGGAGGGAUGUAAACCUAUUGUAUGAGACCUUUAAAACAAAACUUUGUUUAAAGAACACUUAUUAUGGCUUUUAAAUGAAGUAGCUCGCUAGACUAGUGUGAAAAAUGUACCUAGUGAUUUACUGUUGACAUUAAUCCGGAAUAUACUGUUUGGAUGAGCUGUUUGGAUUCGCUGUCACUCACACUACUAUCCACUAUGGAUAUGACGACUCAGUCAUUGCGAGAAAGGUCUAUGCUUUGUUUAGUGACAGGUUGGUUUAACUGUCAUGGGAGCAAGCAGGACAUGUCCUGACUUGACAAAUCAGCUUCGGUUAAUGAGAUUUAUUAACGUGUUUGACACAGAUGAGCCAAAAUACAACACAUCUUUUGUUUAUACUUUAUAUACCUUUACUGCACUAUAAACUGGGCUUCCUUCAGCAGGUAAUUAAAAAAGUAUGAGUCAUUAUAUAUUCAAAGAGCAGCAAAGGUGAACAGUGAUACUGUAUACACAGAGUAAGAGUCAGGCUUAAUCCAUCAUUAAACAAAGAGUGUUUACAUAAGGGGUGGUGCAAUACAAGAAUUAAGGGUCGUCAUGCAUAGUCAAUAAAUAGCAUGCAAGUAUAAAAGUGACAAUGUGUGACUCUGUUGUAAUUACCUGCACAAGAAUCAUAUCUGAGUGCACUGAAGAAGGCAAAGAGAAAAUGUCUGAGCUGUAUUUUCCUCUAUGCCAAAUAAACAAAAGGUAAUUGAGUGUUUGGAAUACUCACUGUGAAUGCAAGCACAGUACUUUUAAUUAAAGUAAUUUAGUUUUGGGUUUUGUUCAGUCACUCUAAUAUAUUAAAGUGACAGAAAUUAAAUGAGCUUUGUGUAAAGAUUUUGUUUGUGCUUAAAGAAAUAGUCUUUUUCAUGCUCCACCACCAGGUGUUGGAGGCAUUAUAUGUCCAGGUUGUCUGUCUAUCCAUCCGUCUGUCCGUGCAUCCCUCCAUCUAUCCAUCCAUCCAUCCAUCCAUUCGUCUCUCCAUCAUUCCCUCCAUCUAUCCAUCCAUGCAUCUACCCGUUCAUCUGUCUGUGCAUCCCUCCAUCUAUCCAUCCAUCCAUCCAUUCGUCUGUCCGUCCAUCCCUCCAUCUAUCCAUCCAUCCAUUCGUCUUUCCGUGCAUCCCUCCAUCUAUCCAUCCAUCUAUCCACCCAUUCGUCUGUCCAACUAUCCCUCCAUCUAUCCAUCCAUCCAUCCAUCCAUUCGUCUGUCCGUCCAUCCCUCCAUCUAUCCAUCCAUCCAUCCAUCCAUUCGUCUUUCCGUGCAUCCCUCCAUCUAUCCAUCCAUCUAUCCACCCAUUCGUCUGUCCAACUAUCCCUCCAUCUAUCCAUCCAUCCAUCCAUCCAUUCGUCUGUCCGUCCAUCCCUCCAUCUAUCCAUCCAUCCAUCCAUUCGUCUUUCCGUGCAUCCCUCCAUCUAUCCAUCCAUCUAUCCACCCAUCAUCUUUCCGUCCAUCCAAGAUCCUCGUUAGCCUGAUAUCUCAAGAACAUGUGCUUGAAUGUUUGUAAGAUUUAUAUGGAAUUAUCAUUGUAACCAGCAGAAGAAUUUCUUCCUUCCUGUUUGAAGUAUAUUUAAGGGAAUUUCAGGCAUACAAAUUAAUAACAAGAAGUGCUCAACCUGUUGGCAGUGCAGGCAUCCCCAUCGAUAUAGUUGGCAUCAAGUCUUUUUAUUUGCCUUUUCAUUAUAAGAAUAGUCAUUUUUCAUUCUAACCUACAGAUCCAGUGCAUCUGUAGUGUAUGUGCUAUUACUACAGACAAGAAUUUCUAUACUUUUCCCUGUGCUGUGCCACUUAUAACCUUUCCAACUAUAUAUUUGACAGAAUUCAAAAAGUGCCCUUAGACUUCCAUUGUAGUGUUGUUGUCUCAGUACAAGGAAACAUCAGGAUUGUUGUAUAUGUAUAGUACACACAUGCUACAGAUACUGUCAGUAAAGAUUAAGAAGUUCUGGAGUGUUCCUUAAAGUAUUUCUUCCAGAUUGAACACAAGCCUUAAGAACAAACCAGUAUUCAUGGAGGGCCCAAGUCCAUUCUUCUUUCUGACACUUGGAUUGGCUGGUGAGCUAAUAAUACUAACGUAAGUCAUUGAUGGUUUCCUGCAGCCUCACUUAGAACAAAAGAAUCUAAUGUGUUAUUCCAGUCAGGAACCCACUCACAUCGCUGGCUUGCUCAAUAUUUACAAGCUGUUACUGAUUCGAGCCCAAGUCGUAUCGCAGUGCUGGCACUCGUGCCUGCUGGGGUAACAGUUUCCUGUACUUGGAAACACAAGCCUGUAAGGUUAAAUGUGAGUCUGGCAGGCAUGCAGAUUAACAGGCAAGAUAGCACACAUAGCACUUCUGCUAAACCGCUGAACAAAUGAAGUUUUACUGGUUUUAAAAUGAUUAACCUGUAUAUAUGCAUGAUUUAAAUUUUUAUAGUAACUUAGAAGUCAUGCAUGUUUAAAAACUCCAUAAUUCCAUAAGGAUGUACUUGCAGGGACCAAUUUCUGCUAACAAAUGCAGAAAUUGCUGCUGGACAAAGGUGCAGUUUCUCCUGUUGAAGCUACAUACUGCAUUGCGUGCUGUGGGCUGGUGACGCUCCCCUAGAUGCAAGACUUGUGAGGAAGAGUUGAGGAAACUUCGGGAGGAGAUGAACAUUGAGACACUGAAGCAGGAGCUUGAGAAAGAGAGAUUGAAAAGACUUGACCUUGAACAGAAAAUGAAUGAAAUCCUAAAGACCAGACCAGAGGACUCCCCACCCCCUCCUUCCAAAGCUCAUGGUCCUGCUGUCAAUGGAACAGGUGAAAAGCAGAAGGAGUCUGUGAGCUCGAAGCUUUGGAAGUGGCUGUAUGAGCGCUUUGGCGUGUACAUGGAGGACUUCCGCUUCCAGCCUGAAGAGAACAUGGUGGAGACGGAGGAGCCACUCAGCGCUAAAAGAUUAACUGAAAAUAUGAGACGACUCAAACGAGGGGCUAAGCCUGUCACUAACUUCAUGAGGAACCUUUCUGCCUUAUCCAGCUGGCACUCUGUCUACACAUCAGCCAUCGCCUUCAUUCUCUAUAUGUAUGCUGUGUGGCAUGGCUGGGCAAUUCCUAUGUUUCUCUUCUUGGCUAUUCUCCGUCUGUCCUUAAAUUACCUAAUAGCAAAAGGCUGGAGGAUACAGUGGAGUAUUGUGCCUGAGGUGUCUGAGCCAGUGGAGCCUCCAAAAGAAGACUUGACUGUCUCCGAGAAGUUCCAGUUAGUGCUGGAUGUGGCACAAAAAGCUCAGAACCUGUUUGGAAAGAUGUCAGAUGUUUUGGAGAAAAUCAAAAACCUGUUCAUGUGGGUGCAGCCUGAAAUCACUCAGAAGUUGUACGUUGGUCUGUGGGUGGCGUUCAUUGCUUCCGGCCUGCUGCCAUACAAACUCUUGGGCUUCAUAAUUGGCCUCUAUGCUGGAAUCAAGUUCUUCAUCAUUGACUUUAUCUUCAAGAGCUGUCCCAAACUUAGGGACAAAUAUGACACACCGUACAUUGUAUGGAAAAACCUGCCAACUGACCCACAGCUCAAAGAACGUCAAAGCGGCAACAUCAGCAGACGGCUGUCUGGCUUUGAAAAGCAGAUCCAGCCUGUGGUCGCACGUGGCAGCCUAGUAGCCGGAGUGCCAUGUGGUGUUGGGCGUGAUGAGGAGAGUGGGCGUGCCUACAGCACCAAGAGAGGUCCUUUCCAUGAAGUAUUCAACUUGUCUGAGAAUGAGCGCCCCCUACCAGUGUGCGAGCACGGGUGGCGCUGCUGCUUAAUCAACAGGGACAGGAAAAUGCCUACUGACUACAUACGAAAUGGCUACCUCUACGUGACAGAAAACCACUUAUGCUUUGAGAGCUCCAGCUCCCGUUCUACAUCCUCUAAGAAGAAUAAAGUCAUCAAACUCCAAGACAUUACAGACAUUCAGAAGUAUAAGGUUUUGUCAGUAUUGCCUGGAUCUGGAAUGGGAAUCUCAAUAGCCACACCAUCUACACAAAAGCCUCUGGUGUUUGGUGCCAUGAUUCACCGGGACGAAGCCUUUGAGGCCAUCAUCAGCCAGUACACGAAGAUCAUCGGUGCCACCCCCCCUGUCACAGUGACAAACCCGGAAACGUAGAACAUGUGGUGAAGAGUUUUGCUGGAGCUCCAGUUUAACAAGGAGACUUCAGAAGAGCAGCUUCUUCCACUUCUCCUUCUCCUCCUCGAAGAGGUGCGGAGAUACAGAGAGAGAUUUUAAAAAAAACAAGGAAUCCAUUUCCAUUUGGGUGCCUGUGCUAUGUUUUUUAGAAAAGUGUUUUAAACAUGGCUCCUUUGUGAUGAGACGUUUGCACCAGUGUUUAUUGUGUAUCUCAUUUGGGAAUUCACUGAGUACCACUGAAAUGCUAUUAUGGAACAGGAGCUGGUUCUCCUCACAGUUUCUUGUCAUAAUUCUAGUCUUAUGUGUCAUUUUUGUGUCCUGUAUAUGAGUCUGGUCACCUAACUUUUAAUCCUGGAGCUGGUUCUUCUUGCCCUUUCUGAGACUACUUCACCUGUGUUUCUCUGUGUUCUGUCAGAUAACGUUUAAUCCCCCUCUCUUUUCUUUCUUUCUUUUUAAAAAAAGAAAUUGUAUCGCUUCCAGCCUUGCACAUGGAGACACGCUGCAGUUUGUGGUGCUGAGAUAUAGGGAAUGCCAGGGCAGAAGCAUCAACUCUUAUGAAGUGUAGCUGCUGCUGCCCCCUUCAGAAGUGCUGAAACACAUAUACCAUGGCCUUUUGCUUUAAACCUCUAUGCUGCAAGCUUAGCUUUUACUUAGAAUUUAUGCUGGAAACUACCGAAAAUCACAAACAACCCCCCUUUUCAAAAUUACAAUCCACACCACUUCCAACUACAACAUGGGAAUAUUUUGUGACAAAUCAGAAUUUUGAUUAUUAUUAAAUGUGAUAAAACAGACAUUUCACAGUGGAACAGUAAGCAACCAGAAUGGUUACUUAUCUUGGCUGCACUGCAGCUACAGGCCACACAAUUAUAACAAUCAUAAAUUCAAAUUUAAAUACAGUUCUUCAUGUAUAGGACAAGGAAAUGUGAGAUCUGAGGGCAUCAUUAUGGAAUUUAUUCUUCACUAAGAGGCCACAGAGGAAAAAUAAUUGUAGCAGGAAGGUUAUGGUGGGAUUUUGAGAUGAUGUGGACUGGUUAAAUUAGAAACAUGUCUGUUCCAUGAAAUGGGCGAGCAAAAACUGAAUCACUUUGAUGGUGAAUUGGGCUUGAAAUCACACUGUAACCUGAUUUCAUUUCACUGCGUGGAGUACAGAGCUGUACGGGGAUGAGAUUUCCUUGCUAUAACAUUGCAUGUGCCAACGAUGUCUCCUCCCAACAGUCUCUCAAUACAUACGUUUCUUUUAUCCUGAAAAACAUUCACUCUUAUAAAUAUACCAAUAUAUAAGGAGUUCACCUAGCUUACUGUUGUAAAAAUGUGUGUGCCACAUGGUGUAAACUGAUCUCUAUUCCUGUAGUCACUGUGGGAAUACGUUUGUAUUUGUCCCCACUGUACUGUCUCUGUCCCCGUUCCCAUGCAGCUCUCUAGAGUGUAACUGAUGCACCUUAAUGGUAGUGCACUCUCCUGCUCAUUUUCCGAUAGGGUUAGGAAUGAUAGGGUUAACCUUUCUAAGUAAUCAGUGUUUGCUCUGAAUCACACAUUUUUAUUCAUUGUAAAAGCUCAUACAAUAAGCACAAGUGCACCAUAAAGUCUUAUGAACUGAAUGUGUAGGAGGCGUUAAGGGAUGUGCUGCUCAAGCAUUUUCCUGUUUGCUGUGUAUAUAAUUCUUAUCAAACUUGAACUAUCACGUGCCCCAUGCUGCAGCUAUGCUUCCAUUAACCGACCUAAACCCUUUGCACAAACAAAUGAACUUUUCAUCUACAGUAAAUAUACAGGCCAUAUAAAGGAAUACACCUCAAAUACUCAACCUAAUGUCUACACAUCGUGUCUGUGCUGUGUGUGCGCAAAUUUUCAGAGACAAAAAUGUCAACAUAUUUGUAUGAAAUCCUGAUGAAUUGAAACAUUUUAUAAUGGUUGUCUAAAGGCAGUCAUUAAAUUCUGUCAGCAAAUUUUUUAAAUGCAUACCAUUACUAGCUCUACCAUUACUAGCAUUACACUAGCAAUGGUAUUUAUUCAGUUGAUAUCGUCAUAAAGCAGAUUUACAGAAAUACAGUUCAUGUUAAAAGGAAGUUCUGUGCGAUCAUAGUGUGAAUAAGAUAUCUGAGAUGAGCACAAAACUCAAGUUCUUUAUGAUUACUGCAGCAGUUCUUGGACACAAAUCUACAGUUUCCAUAUUAUUCCAUGAAGCAAAGUUGAAUCUUGGGUAUAAACUGUUUGUUUUUUUUUGUGCAGAUUUUAGAAUGAUGCAGACUUAAAUAACAAAACAAAAAAACAUCUUAUCAAGUCUUUUCGAGAUCGAGAUUUAUCCAACUUUUGAACAGUGUAGCAAUACACUAAAAUCUAUUUGUUUACAUUCUCGGGUGAAACACCAUGUUUACUAUGAGCUACACCUAUUAUAGUAUUAUCGCUUUACCACAGAUUAUUCCAUCUGAAAAAAUAGUUCCAUGUCAAGUGUGAAAAAUACAGGUUUAAUUUAACAAAAAAAAAUAUCUUUGAAUAGAAUUUGUUAGUGUGAUACAGAAAUAUGAGUUUAGCAUAAACAUUUACUGACUGCCCUUACACUUCUAUUAUAUGUGAUUUUCAAGUAGUUUUCUUUUCCAUCCUUUACACGGUGCAGAGAAAUAAAUGUGCUGAAAUUCUUGUCUAUAGUAGUUGCCCAAAUGUUGCCACAGACGCAGUAAAACAUUUAUUUAAACUUUUUUUUAACAUUAUUAAACUUAUGAUCUUAUUUUUUAUAAUUUAUGCAUCCCAAUGUAUUUAACUGUAGCCUCUUCACAAUGGAGUAGGUCUCUCCUACUGCAGCUUCAGCAUGGCUUUCAGAAAAACCUUCUUCAUGCUUUUCUGGGAGACCUCAUUUCUGUAGUCCUUUUCCUUACUACUUGCUAAACCACAUGCCUUUUUUUCCUUUUAUUAAGAAACAAAUUUGUUAUGCCAGCCUGUUAAGAAAAAAAAAAAAAACUCUCCAUGCUGAUAUCGCCUACUAAAGCCUAUGUACUCGACUAGCCACAUGACCCUGUGCUAACCAGCACUUUAUACAAGUAGCAUUGUUGUGUGUGUGUUGUUUCUGUUCCUACUGUUAUGGCACAUUAGUCUCAUUAAUUAACUUUCUGUGUCUCACUUUGUGCUUUUACUUCUUUUCCUGUCUUGUUGAAUGGAGUCACCACUGAUUUAACUCUAAAUGUUCAGCGCUGUAACUAAAAGUUUAGGGUUCUUAUAGAGUGUGGAGGCAAUCAGCUAAUACAUCAUUGAAUCGUUUACAGUUUUCAGUUGAGGUUUGAAGCUCUCAGUAAUUAAUGUAGCUUGCAAUUAAUCAUCGGAAUCAUAAGACCUCAGUGAAGAUAGCCAGAUGGCACACUGGAGAAGAAGCACAGAAUUUACUGGAAACAAUUUGCCAAAUAUUAUGUCUGUAUUACUGUUUGUGGUUAGCUAUGCCCUUUACCUGCUCUGUUUACAGGGUUAAAUAGUUGUCUUGGCCUAGUUUGAUCCCUAGAGAGAUUUAGGGGCAUGAGAAUGGGCCCCACUGUUUUUGUGGUACGUGUCUGUGCUAUUGAAAGGUGCUGAGGGUUUAAAUUGAUUAUUAAAAAUGGGCUGAUACAUUGAUGAGGUUUGGAUUUUGAUUGGUAGGGUUUCUUCUGUCUUCAUCAUUUAGCUCACUCAAGGUGUACAUGUAGGAAAGCUGAUAUUAGGGACCUUCACUUUCACCCUUUUUGAUGUUUUGUUGGACAUUUUAAAAGUUGUUUUGUUUGAUUUGGUUGUCUGUGUUUAUAUGGUUAGCCAAAGACUAACAGUGUUUUGUUUUUUUGUUUGUUUUUUUAAAUAUGACUUUUUAGUGGAACCAGUUAAGAAAACCAUGUAUAGAACACAGUAAAUCAUUAACCUCAGACCAAUUCAUUGAUGCCGUUUUAAAAACUCGUUGCGCAUGCUGUUAAAUGUUCAUCAUGAUUAUUUUCUUUGAUUUGGAUACUGAGUUUUCAAUGAGUCAGUAAGCUGUAGUGCUGCCCUGUGAUCAAUGAAAGACGAUUUCACACACACACAAAAUUCAUGUUAAACAAGCCUCUGAACAGUUUUUAAAGUCUAAUAUAAAUGUGUUGUACCUUUUUUCUAUUUAAGUAAAAUAAUUUAACAUA